UAUGUAUCUCAGCUGAGCCGGUGCAAGUGGACCGACCGGCCAGCUGACUGUCCGGUUUUAUGUUAUUUUCUGGCCAGACUCUUUUUUUUUUUUUCUUCCCCCAUUCCUCCCCCCUUCUCCCCAAGCUCCGACUGGCCGACCUCAUGUUGGACCUACCCUCCAAAAAAAGCCUACCUACCUAUGUCCUCGCCUGCCAACCAGGCCUACCGCCGUUUCCUCAUAGCUUGAGCUUCCCCAAAGCUCUGAUUUUCCCUCACUGCCCCGUUUCCCGACCCAUCUUGAAUUUCCCUCCCUCCCUCAUAACAAUGUGUCCUGCUCCGCCCUGCCUCCUAUCCUGAUUGCUAACCUGGGGGGUAUGCAUGAAUAGAAGGCGGCCGACCAUGAAUGCUCAAUGUCGCUUGGUCAAUUCGAUGAUCUGACCGACCUAACAAGGACGAUACCACAGAGCGACUCAGACGAACGCUUUACAAUCCCGCGCAGCCGCCGCCGUUACCUAUGUUCAGCCUUGACCGCCGUCAUUCCAAGCUCGACUAUGCCGUCCGAGUCGUCGAGACCCUCUCAAUGAAGAUUAUAUUGUUGCGAUAGUCGUUUUCAGAUCCUCUCUACUCCUCUCCCCAACACCUGUUCCGCGCGCAUCGGUCGUCUCCCUGCCUCCGCUGCCUGCGAACCACGUGCCGUCUCCACGCCCACCUCCUUCUUGUUGGCCGACCUCCCUCCUACGUCCGCGUCACCCCAGUCUUAAUAUGGCUACUAGCCCGGACAACAUCAAGGCUAAUAACGCCAAUGGCAACGGCGCCGGCCAGCUCGUGGAUUUCGUAUCUCAGCCGGUGGCUGCCGCUUUUUGCGCCGGUGGCGUCGCCGGAGCUGUGUCGCGCACCGUCGUAUCCCCCCUCGAGCGACUCAAGAUCCUCUUCCAAGUACAGAGCGCCGGACAUAAUGAGUACAAAUUAUCUGUCGGCCAGGCGCUUGCCAAGAUGUGGAGGGAAGAAGGCUGGAGAGGGUUUAUGGCUGGCAACGGGACUAAUUGCAUUCGCAUCGUUCCGUAUUCGGCCGUGCAAUUUGGCAGUUAUAACCUCUAUAAACGCCACAUUUUCGAGAAAUACCCCGGCGCUCCUCUGAGCCCUCUCGAGCGGCUUGUCUGCGGCGGCAUCGCGGGCAUCACGUCAGUCAUCUUCACGUAUCCACUCGACAUCGUGCGAACCCGGUUGUCCAUCCAGUCAGCAUCGUUCGCCGCGCUCGGCCAUAAAUCGCAAGACAAGCUCCCGGGUAUGUGGUCUACGUUGGCCACGAUGUACAAGCAGGAGGGCGGCUUGCUUGCCUUGUAUCGUGGCAUAAUACCUACCGUUGCGGGAGUAGCCCCAUAUGUCGGGUUGAACUUCAUGACGUACGAAUACGCCCGCAAGUAUCUAACCCCCGAGGGUGACCAAAACCCCAACGCCGCACGCAAGUUGCUCGCCGGCGCCGUAUCCGGCGCUGUCGCCCAGACUUGCACCUAUCCCUUCGAUGUUUUGCGGCGGAGGUUUCAGAUCAAUACCAUGUCCGGCAUGGGCUAUCAGUACAAAUCGAUAGGGGACGCGGUCAGGGUGAUAAUAGCCCAAGAAGGUCUGCGAGGCAUGUAUAAGGGCCUCAUCCCUAACCUCCUCAAGGUUGCACCUAGCAUGGCUGCCAACUGGCUGAGCUUCGAGGUUACUCGGGACUUCCUGGUUGGUUUGAAGCAAGAACCGGUGACUCUGUAAGUGGGGGGAGAGCUGAAUCGUGGUUGAAUAUCUUGGUGUCUCCUUUUUUUUUUCCCCCCUCCUUUCCUUCCCCAAUCCCGCGACCUGGACGUAAAUAAUCCAGGUCAUCCUCGACUACUUUUAGAUCGUCGCCGUGCACGGGCCUCCUUGGCUGGAUCGCUCGAUGGGACAUGAGAUUAGAGAACACAUUAUACAUGGGACGGGGAGUAGAUAAACGGACAUAGAGCACAAAUAUCCAAGUUCACUUGGCGGCACCAGUGGUACGACGACUGGACGGAAUAGCCUAGACGCCUACGAAGGCAUACAUACUGUAUACCCAUUCUGCUGCGGGCUCGUUCUAAAAGGAGAGAAAGAGGGCGUCGAAGGGUUGGACUUGGGUUGAGAGAUCAAUCAUCUCCCCUGUCAGAAACGCUGCCGGAUGAUGAGUACUUUGUAUAUAAGGAGUACGCGGGCAGUGAGGCGCGGUGAGGAUGCCUACGGUUAGGACAGAGGAGGCGAGAGGAGAGGAGAGGAGGGGAGGCCCCAGAAAUCAAAUGAAUUCGUCUCAUUUAUACGACAGCUACGCGGUAUAAUAGGAUGUUUG